AUGAAUUUCCUGGCUCCGCUGCUCUUUCUUGCCUUGCUAUCACUAGCCAGUGCAGUGGCAUUCACUGGGCACCAGACCUUGGACUGGCCCCAGGACUGUGGUGUGGCCCCAUUCCACCACUCCAGCUCUGCUGAGAGGAUCAUCCAGGGUAGUGAGGCCAGACCUCACUCAUGGCCUUGGCAGGUGUCCAUGCAACACCCUAUGAAAAUAGUGUCCUAUGUUGGCCCAAACAUGUUGGGACAUCCUCUCUCCUCUCCUCACUCUCAGGCUCGGGUCCAAGGGAGCCACAGGUUUGUCCAUGUCUGUGGGGGGACCCUGAUCCAUCCCAGCUGGGUCCUUACUGCAGCUCACUGCUUUUCUGGGGGGAAGAUGGAUGAUGUUGCCAACUGGCGCAUUGUGUUGGGCAAACACCGGCUCAACCAAACAGAGGCAACACAGAGGGUGCACCGAGUGAAACGAAUAUACCGGCAUGAGCGCUUCCACUACCCACACCUCGACCAGCUGAACGACGAUAUUGCCCUGGUCCGGACUGUUCACGACAUCCCCAGUAGUCCCUUUGUGCACUAUGCAUGUCUACCUACCUCUGGAGGCCCUGGCCUCAGGCCUGGCCAGCUCUGCUGGGUCACUGGCUGGGGAGGGACCCAAGGUGGGGAGGAGAACUCCACUUUGUCUAAUGUUCUGAACCAAGCCCAGCUGCCUAUCAUGGAUUUCACUACCUGUCAACAGGAAAAGGUCUGGGGAGACAAAGUAAACCCAACUAUGUUAUGUGUGGGCUUUGGAGAUCUCCAGGGGUCUCCUGCUGCAUGCCAGGGAGACUCAGGGGGCCCCUUGCUUUGCCAGAUGGGAAGGAAUGAGUGGGAAGUCCAUGGCAUAGCUAGUUUUGGGCCUGUUGGAUGCCAAGCUGAGAACAAGCCCAGUGUCUUCACCAGGACUGCUUCCUAUAGAACAUGGAUUGAGGCCACCAGAAUCCGUGAUUUUUUCUUCUCCUGAGUCCAAAGGGAUGGU